GUAAACAGCCUGCUCCCUGCUGCUGUCAGUUGGUGUUUUCUUUUCUUAAAAACAGUAAUUUCACAGCUGGUCGUGUCUUCAUUUGCAGGCUGACAGAUGUCCGCUCCUCCCGCAGAAGAUCUGCUCCAGCAGUGGGAAAGUGAGCAGGCACGUCUGAGGCAGCAGGUGCUGGAGGAGGACACAGAGGACUGGCAGGGGAGCCCAGACUUUUCAGGUCUGGAGCGAGUUGGUGGGGUGGACCUCUCCUUCAUCAAAGGGGAUGACGUCAAUGCCUGCGCCCAGCUCGUGGUACUCAGCUACCCAGAUCUGCAGGUGCUGUAUGAAGACAGUCAGAUGGUGACCCUGACGGCUCCCUACAUAGCUGGCUUUCUGGCAUUCAGAGAAACUCCUUUCCUCCUGGAGGCUCUGCAGAGGCUGAAGAAGAACCAGCCCACACUCCUUCCUCAGGUGGUGUUUGUGGAUGGGAAUGGUCUCUUUCAUUACAGAGAGUUUGGUUUGGCCUGUCACCUGGGAGUGCUGUCAGGGCUGCCCUGUGUGGGCGUGGCCAAAAACCUGUUGCAGGUGCAAGGAGUCAACAAGAGUGAGGAGCAUCAGUCACAAAUAGCUACUCUGCAAAGAGGAGGAGACAGCUUCCCACUCAUAGGCGCCUCAGGCAAAGUGCUCGGAAAGGCACUGCGAAGCUCUGACAAGAGCUCGAAGCCAGUGUACGUGUCUGUGGGCCACAAGAUCAGCCUGGACACAGCUGUCCGCCUCACACACGCAUGCUGCCGCUACCGGGUCCCUGAGCCAAUCAGACAGGCCGACUGUCGCUCCAGAGAAUACCUUCGCAUACACUUCCCAGCUGCAGAUACGUGAUUCAGAGAAUGAGCCUCCUGCUCUGUUGUGGCAACCUGACAUGUGAGUGAUUGAUAGACGGUGGGGCUGACACCGCCUGGUUCUUGACUUAUAACGACAAGUGCUCUGCUGCAGCAUCGGACAAAUUGCCUUGUUUAUAUCCAAUAGAAGCCUCGGCGCCAACACAGCCAUCAACACCAGCAUCACACCUGUGUGUUUUUACCCCAAGCAGGUGUCUUCACCAUGAGUUCAAACUUCUCACAUGGCCUCCCUGUAAACCAUAAAAUCAAUUGGGCCUUUUUUUCCCUGAAGCUUCUAAAGACAAAUCAAUUGAGGACGAUCCAUUGUAAUAAGGACGUAUCAGCCUUGGACGAGGCAGAGGAGAUUCUGGGGGCGGCGGUUAUUUGAUUUUCCUGCGAGGGGAAGAGAGGCUCAGCUGACAGGGCCAAGGCUUUUGUUUUCAUUGAGUGGCUAUUAUGUGAAGUCCACCCCUGCUUAGUGGCUCCAUCGUUGCUGGCGGCAGACCGCUGCGCUCCCACUUGUAAGGUGCUUUAGUCAGCAGUGAUGGUCGGCUUCGUCAAGAGUGGGAUUAAUUCUCUCAGAAGCCUUUCCCACCGACGUGGACGUUUUGGGCAUUAAUGAGAUUCCCACCUUAGCUUUGUUGCGUAACAUUGAACUGUUGUGUUAAACUAUUGAGUUGUGUGUUCAGUAGGUGUCUGCUGGUCCAUGAUAAGGAUGUUAAAUUAACAGUCCAGCCAUUUAAGUUCAACUGUUCAGUGCUUUCGUUCAGAGAACAGUAGCUUAAUUAAACCUUCCAGGCAGUGUUGGGUCAAAAAUGAGUAGCUGAGACACCAUUUAACCCAUCGUUUCCUGGGUAUGACAACAUUUUAGCAUAAACUUUGAGGCUUGUUUGGUUUUUUUCAAGCUUUAAAUAGUUUUGGAUGAUUUAAACAGAUUUAAGUCAUAAAACCUUUGCUUUUUAAUUUAGCUUUUAAUGAGUGCACCAGUUUUUUAUUUCGCUUUA